AUGAAGAGCAUCUUGAUUGAUCCGAGCAGGAACCAUCCUCCAACCCGAGACCUUCCACUGCUGACUUCGACCCCGGCUCGACUUCCUCCAGUCAAGGUGACGAAGCUUCAUUCGUCCAAAUCAGGCGAGGAGAACGCAGCCCUGUUCUUCGUGGGAACGGCUACAACAAUCAUAGAAUGGGCUGGAAUACGGAUUAUGACUGAUCCCAACUUCCUCCACACAGGCGACCAUGUCCAUCUCGGUCCAGGUGUGUCACGGAAGCGCCUCACCGACCCGGCUGUCGCCCUGCACGACCUCCCUCGGAUUGAUCUUGUCCUUCUAUCCCACUAUCACCAGUAUGUCUCGGAGCCUAGAGGUGUUGAGCAGAUUAUUGAUAUUGUCAGGGACCACUUUGAUAGAAAGGUAGAGGCGUCGUUGAGGCGUGAUAUACCCAUUAUCACUACACCACAUGCGAAAGAGUAUCUCACUUCCAAGAUAAAGGACUCCUUUACAUCCGUGUCCGCACUCGAUCCAUUUGAGCAGGUUGAGGUCAACAUUGAAGGCACAGACGGACCGGGACAGCCCCGACUGCGUGUGACGGGGAUGCCAGGGAAGCAUGUGCCUCCUAACCGAGUGGUAGAGAAGCUCAACACGCUAGCUAAUGCGGUGGGUGGAGCUUACUUUUUCUGGAUGUUCCUAAUUAGACGGCCCUCAACGGCUCUCAAUCUAACAGACCAACAGUUCCCGACAACCAACGGCUGGAUGCUCGAGCUAGGCCACGGCAGCACCAAUACUGCAGACUUCUCCUGCGGCUACCGCAUCUACAUCUCAGGAGACACUCUGAUGGUGGACGAGCUACACGAAAUUCCUAAGCGAUACGCAGGCCAACGGAUCGACCUAAUGCUCGCCCACCUCGGCGGCACAACCAUUCCUUCUCCCUUAGUAGGAAGACUAAUGGAACCGCUAGCGUUGACGGUUACUAUGGAUGCGGAGCAGGGUCUGCAAUUGAUUCAGCUGAUCCAACCAGACAUUACAAUCCCGAUCCACUAUGAUGACUACGGCGUGUUUGCGAGUCCCCUAGAAGAUUUCAGGCGGAUCAUGGAGGUAGCGGGGUUAUUGGACAAGGUUGUGUUUUUAGAUCAUAGGGACCAGUAUUGCUUUCGCGUCAUGAGAUAG